UUAUACAUGUCAAUGUUACGUCGUGUUUUUCCAACUUUUGCGCAAUCAGUUUCCACUUUGAUAGUUUUAUAUUUGAAUAAAGUCAAAUAUACUGCAAAGAUGUCUAAAAAAACGGCUCUUUUAUUAAUAGCUGAUGGUUCUGAAGAAAUGGAAGCAGUAAUAACAACGGAUGUUUUACGACGAGUUGGAAUUAAUGUUACUGUUGCUGGUCUUACUGAAAACCCAUGUGUCAAAUGCAGCCGCGAUGUAAAAAUAUGUGUUGAUGCAAAACUUUCAGAUGCAAUUAAUCAGAAAUAUGAUAUUGUAAUAUUGCCUGGUGGUCUAAAUGGUUCUAAGGCAUUCGCAAAUUCUUCAGAAAUAGGAAAAUUGUUACAACAGCAAGAACAAGAAAACAGACUUAUUGCUGCUAUUUGUGCUGCACCAACUGCAUUAAAGGUUCAUGGUAUUGCAAAAGGAAAGAAGAUCACAUCUUAUCCUGCAAUGAAAGAUCAACUAACAGAUUAUUAUAAAUAUUUGGAAGAUGAAGUUGUAAUCGAUGGUAACUUGAUUACAAGCCGAGGUCCAGCAACUGCAUUUGCUUUUAGUUUAGCUAUUGCUGAAAAAUUGAUUGAUAAACAAACAGCAGAUAAUGUAGCAAAAGCUAUAUUAUAUAGAAAUUAAAAUAUGCUUACAUAAGCAUGUUAUAUAUUUAAAAUACAGAAAUUAAAAUAUCCUUACAUAAACACAUAUACUAUUCAUAGUGAAUAAUUAUUUAUAUUAUUUAUAUUGUUUAUUCAAAUUUAAUAAAUUAAUAUACAUUAUAA